UCUGUUCAUACUGACAGUGCUGAUCAUCAGGGAACUGAUGAUCAGUGUAGCCCCAUCAGUGCCACCUGUCAAUACCCAUCAAUGUCACAUAACAGUGCCCAUCAGUGCACAUCAAUGCCACAUAUCAGUGCCAAUCAGAGCUGUCAGUCAGUGCCAGCUAUUAGUGCCAGUCAGUGAUGCCUAUCAGUGCCACCUAUCAGUGCCAGUCAGUGACACCUACCAGUGCCAGUCAGUGAUGCCUAUCAGUGCCCAUCAGUGCCACCUAUCAGUG